UGCGCAUGCGCAUUAGUUCUCCCUCGUGGCAUAAUUAUAGUAAAGAAAUAAUUAUCACUGAAAAUAUUCUAAGUCCAUAUAUUCCAGUCUCAGUGGUCUAAGCAGGGUGCAGUGAAUUGCGAAAACAGGAUGACUGAAGAGAUGUACCAAGUGUUUGUGGUAGGCAUGGGAGCAGAAGUGGCAACCAUCAAUGUAAGUACCACCCAAGAAGCCUUCUUAUCGACAACUAUCAAGAAAUUCAGAACCCUUCUCAACAAAAAGUGGCCAGAAUGUGGAACCGACCCUGACGAUGUAAGACUUUUAUUUGCAGGCAAGCAACUCGAAGACAAGCUAAGAAGCGGGGGAGAAGCCACUCUGGAGGAUUAUAAUCUCCAAAGAAACUCGACCAUUCAUCUUGUGUUUCGUCUCCACGGGGGUAGCCGACCUCCUAGUUUCACACAGCGAGUAUCACCACCACCUCCAGUUGAGAAACAGCACCAGUCUGAUGACUUUUCCUUGAAAUUCACUAAAGAUAUUCCGGAUGCAAUCACAGGGAUGAGUGACCCUGAUGAUCAACCAAGGGUAAUGAUGACUUGUAGACAUGCUGUUGAUCCAAACACCCUCACAGCCUGGUGCCGCAGUCUGUUGGACAAGCAAGAGUGGGAAUUUUUCUGUCCAGCAGUGAUCGGCGCCACGAACAAGCAGUGUAAAAAGAUUUGGGAGUAUUCGGAAGUUCGAAAGGUGGCACUUUUUAACGAAGCAGAGCAAAAGUUUUUUGAGAGCAAGAUGUCUGAGUAUGCAGCUCAGAUGUACUGCGAUAUGAAAGAGUGCCCCGGUUGUCGUUCAUUUGUGGAGCGUAGGGAUCUCAAAAACUUACGUGUUCACUGUGGCAUUUGCACAAAGAAGAAUAGGAAGGAAUUUGAUUUUUGUUGGCACUGUGAAAAAGAGUGGUCUGGACCAGUUACAUCGGCUGUCAGGUGUGGUAGUUCUGAUUGCGCUCACCCAUCGAUCCCAAGUAUUCGUGAUGCCAAGGUCAUUCGUAUCAAUGAGAAAGAAGUGCCUUGUCGCCGUGCCUGUCCCACUUGUGGAGUGGUGGUUGAACAUAAGGGAACAGGUGGUUGUAAGUUCAUUGUUUGCCCACGGUGCAAAAAGGAAUUCUGCUUUCUCUGCCUCAAGGUUAAGGUUGUUUGCUUGUCUGCAGCCCCUGCAUCUUGGUACGGCUCCUGCAGCAAACCUGUGGCUCCAAAACAGACAAGCAUUCCAGUUUGGUCGAGAAAAUAACUUCACCGGGAAAAACUGUAAAAACAUAAUUAUAGUCUAACACAUUUAACUUUGCAUUUAAUCAUAAUACAAGAACUUAUGUAUAAUCUCAAUUUUCUUUGUAUAA